CACAACAACCGACAGCCGUUGACUGUGAGCGGUCGUUAUCUCGGUGACUGUCCUGUGUGGAGGCCGGGGCUGGAGCGGCUGUCUGGGGAAGUACAGGGCACAGAGCCGGAGAAACAGACAAAUAGUUGAGGAGCCGGGGUAACUAACGGGGCCGCCCCGCAGGAGAGUCGGUGUGUUCGGUCAGAAUGUUAGCAGCGGUGGAUCCAUCCGCAGGCUGCUAACCGCUGCUAACAUUAGUCAGACAGGCUACAUGCUAACAGGCUACACGUUAAGCAGCCAGCUCAGCAACGUAAGCUAACCGUCACACCUUUAGUGUUGAUGUGGAAGGGCACACGGACACCAUGCUACCAUCCCAGUGAACCGAACAACAGCCAACAGUUAGCUGCUAGCCCUGGAGCUAACAGUUAGCUGUGUAACAUCUGGCCGCGGCCAGCUUUCCGUGUGGCGGCCGAGGAUGGUCGCAGUGACAGCAGCUGUUCUGGAGGAACGGCCUGCCCCCACUGGAUGUUCUGAGGCUCACAGCUUCACCCUCCCUGCUGGACUCAGGAUCGGGCUCUGGCUCUCAGCGUCGAUGUAAACCGUGAGUGUCGGUCCCGCUGCAGCGCUCAGACCCCGCGGAAACAGCAGCCAUGCAGGCGGCUCAGCUGCAGUACGACUUCUUCAACGAGGAGAACGCACCGAAAUGGAGAGGCCUGCUGGUGCCUUCACUGGAAAAGGUCCUGAACCAGGUGCAUCCUAACCUGGUGUCCCAGCAGGAGGCAUUGCAGUACAUUGAAGAGCUGAUCCUGCUGCUGCUUAGCAUGCUGUGCCAGGCUCAGCCACGCACCGUACAGGAUGUGGAGGAGCGUGUUCAGAAGAGUUUUCCUCACCCGAUUGAUAAGUGGGCAAUUGCUGAUGCUCAGGCCGCCAUUGAGAAGAGGAAAAGGAGGAACCCAUUGGCUCUCCCUGUCGACAAGAUCCACCCACUGCUCAAGGAGGUGCUGGGUUAUAAGAUCGACCACCAGGUGUCGGUCUACAUGGUGGCUGUGUUGGAGUACAUCUCUGCUGACAUCCUGAAACUGGCAGGAAACUAUGUGAGGAACAUCCGACACUACGAGAUCUCCCAGCAGGAUAUCACUGUGGCCAUGUGUGCCGACAAGGUGCUGAUGGAUAUGUUCCACCAGGACGAAGAGGACAUCAGCGGCUUCCCUCUGAUGGACGAGGAACCAUCAGCCAAUGAGGAGCAGAGUUACUAUGAAUUGGUGAGAAGCUUCAUGUCAGACAGUCGACAGUACCUGAGACAGCUCAACCUGCUCAUCAAAGUGUUCAGAGAACCCUUCAACUCCAGCCCCAUGCUCUUCUCUCAACACGAUGUGGACAGUAUCUUCAGUCGUAUCGUUGAUAUCCACGAGGUGACGGUGAAGCUGUUGGGUUUGAUCGAGGACACAGUGGAGAUGACGGAUGAAGGAAGUCCUCAUCCUCUGGUGGGAAGCUGCUUUGAAGACCUGGCUGAGGAGUUGGCCUUUGACCCAUAUGAGACAUAUGCUCAGGACAUCCUGCGUUCUGGUUUCCAUGAACACUUCCUGGGUCAGGUGUCUAAACCAGGAGGCGCAUUCCACCUCCAGUCCAUCUGUGAAGGCUUUAAAGAGGCUGUUCAGUAUGUCCUGCCGAGACUGCUGCUCACUCCUGUUUACCACUGUCUGCACCUGUUUGAGAUCCUCAAGCAACUGGAGGAGAAGAGUGAGGAUGAGGAAGAUAAAGAGUGUUUGAAACAGGCCAUCACAGCUCUACUCAACCUGCAGAGCAGCAUGGAGAGGAUCUGCUCCAGGAGCCUCGCCAAGAGGAGGCUCAGCGAGUCUGCGUGUCGUUUCUACAGCCAUCAGAUGAAGGGGAAGCACCUGGCCAUCAAGAAGAUGAACGAGAUCCAGAAGAACAUCGACGGCUGGGAGGGGAAGGACAUCGGCCAGUGCUGUAAUGAGUUCAUCAUGGAGGGCACGCUGACCCGUGUGGGCGCCAAACACGAGCGCCAUAUCUUCCUGUUCGACGGCCUGAUGAUCUGCUGCAAGUCCAACCACGGCCCGCCGCGACUGCCCGGCGCCGGCUCCACCGCAGAGUACCGGCUGAAAGAAAAGUUCUUCAUGCGGAAGGUCCAGAUCAACGACAAGGACGACAAGGAGGGAGAGUACCGGCACGCCUUCGAGAUCAUCCUGAAGGACGGGAACAGCGUGGUGUUCGCCGCGAAGUCUGCGGAGGAGAAGAACGGCUGGAUGGCGGCGCUCAUCUCGCUGCAGUACCGCAGCACGCUGGAGCGCAUGCUGGAUUCGGCCAUGCUGCAGGAGGAGAAGGAAGAGCAGAUGAGGCUGCCGGGAGCGGAGGUGUACCGAUUCGCCGAACCAGACUCGGAGGAGAACGUCGUGUUUGAGGAGAAUGUUCAGUCCAAGUCAGGGAUCCCCAUCAUCAAAGCAGGAACUGUCCUGAAACUGAUCGAGAGGCUCACCUUCCACAUGUACGCAGAUCCGAACUUUGUCCGAACUUUUCUGACCACCUACAGAUCUUUCUGUAAACCUCAGGAGCUGCUGGACCUGCUCAUGGAGAGGUUUGAGAUCCCGGAGCCGAGGCCGAGCGAGGCGGACCAGAUGGAGGGAGGAGAGCAGCCGCUCAGUGCUGAACUCAAACGCUUCCGCAAAGAGUUCGUUCAGCCGGUCCAGCUCAGAGUGCUGAAUGUGUGUCGCCACUGGGUGGAGCAUCACUUCUACGACUUUGAGAGAGACGCUCACCUGCUGAGACGACUGGAGGAGUUCAUCGCCUCCGUCAGAGGUAAGGCGAUGAGGAAGUGGGUGGAGUCAAUCACUAAGAUCAUCCAGAGGAAGAAGCAGGUUCAGGUGAGUUUGCCCAGUCACAGCAUCACCUUCCAGAACUCCCCCCCCCCAGUCGAGUGGCACAUCUGUAAACCAGGAAACACCGAGCAGUUUGACCUCAUGACGCUGCACCCCAUUGAGAUUGGCCGACAGCUCACCCUGCUCGAGUCGGACUUCUACAGGGCUGUGCAGCCAUCGGAGCUGGUUGGCAGCGUCUGGACCAAAGAGGACAAAGAGAUUCACUCCCCCAACCUGCUGAGAAUGAUACGACACACCACCAACCUCACCCUGUGGUUCGAAAAGUGUAUCGUAGAAACGGAGAAUCUGGAGGAACGAGUCGCUGUCGUGUCGCGGAUCAUCGAGAUCCUGCAGGUUUUUCAGGAACUCAACAACUUUAAUGGAGUGUUGGAGGUGGUCAGUGCCAUGAACUCCUCUCCGGUCUACAGGCUGGACCACACCUUUGAGCAAAUUCCGAGUCGGCAGAGAAAAAUCCUGGAGGAAGCUCACGAGCUGAGUGAAGAUCACUACAAGAAGUAUUUAGCCAAACUGCGCUCCAUCAACCCCCCCUGUGUCCCGUUCUUCGGAAUCUACCUGACCAACAUCCUGAAAACAGAGGAGGGAAACCCCGACUUCCUGCGUCGACACGGCAAAGAUCUGAUCAACUUCAGCAAGAGGAGGAAAGUGGCUGAAAUCACCGGGGAGAUCCAGCAGUACCAGAACCAACCGUACUGUCUGAGAGUGGAGAACGACAUCAGGAAGUUCUUCGAGAACCUGAACCCGAUGGAGGACAUGUCAGAGAAGGACUUCGCCGAUCAUCUGUUCAACAAAUCUCUGGAGAUCGAACCUCGAAACGCCCGAUCGUUACCUCGAUUUGUGAAGAAGUACACCUGUCCUCUGAAGUCUCCAGGCAUCCGUCCCACCUCAGCGCGGCCCGGCACCAUGCGACACCCAACGCCGCUGCAGAACGAGCCCAGGAAGAUCAGUUACAGCCGUAUCCCUGACAGCGAGACCGAGGGGGGCGCCGUCUCCGCCCCCAACUCCCCCCGCACCCCUCUGACUCCGCCUCCCGCCUCUGCCGCUUCCAGCUCUACAGACGUAGGCAGCGUGUUCGACUCACCUCAGGGUCCCAGCAGCCCCUUCCAUUCCAGGUCGUCCUCGGUCUCCUCCAUGGUCAGUUUCAGUCGUGGUGCUGAGGAUGUUCCAGUUCCUCCUCCUGUUCCUCCUCGCAGACGUCCAGAGUCUGCGCCGGCCGAGUCGUCCCCCUCUAAGAUGAUGUCAAAGUUGGAUAGCCCCCCUGCCGUUCCUCCUCGCCAGCCCACCUGUAAGCUUCUCCCCCCUCGUUACUCCUCGUCGCUGUCGUCGUCAUCUCCCCCUGACAGCCCCCCCUCCCUGCCUCCUCGGGAGCCUCUUAGUUCUCCUCUGCACCUCCUCCCUCCCCCUCAGGGUCGCCUCCGCUGCGAUCUGCUGCCACAGGCCUUCUUUCCCGCCACCACCUCCUCCUCCCCCUCCAUCAGCUCUGCACCCACUGCCUCCUCUUCACCACCCCUUCCUCCACCCGCCCCAGUCACCCCCAGCCCCGCCCCGGCCUCAAGGAAAAUGCCCCUUCCCUCCCCACCUCUUCCCCUCCUCCCCCUGGAUGGGCCUCCCGUGCCGCCCCGUCACGGUGUCCCCAAACUCCCCCCCAAGACCUAUAAGAGGGAGUCUCUGGGCCAUGCCCCCCUUUUGGACACGCCGCCCGCACUGUGAUAGGACAGCCUUUACUACCUGAAGGGGUGGGGCAGCUAUUUGGACAGAUGGCGGAAGAGGCGGGGCUAGACGAGCUAACACUACAGCUGAUUGGAUCAGAUUGAACAAAACGAGGGAUUUAAGACAAAAAACAACAUCUGAUCGACCAAUCGGGACGUUCUGAUCUGAUCUGGACUGAGACAAAAUAAAACUAAAAUCAUGUGCCCUUAUUCUGAAAAGCGAGCUGAUUGUGGCCUCCAGCUGCAGAACUGUGCAGAACGCUGGAGAACAUUUGUCCAUCUGUGGUCAGGUUUUCAUUUCUGUGAGCUCAGACCUGAUCGGACCGCCUCGUGCUGAACGGGGACUCGCCCAGAGAAGACUGUGGGUAACUUAGCAUCCCUCAAACUGAAGCGGACUCUGGGUCUGAGCUGUUGGUGUGUCAGGGACCGUCAGGUACCGGACCAGAACCAAAGAGGUACUGUACUGGUUCUAGUGGGCCUGAUGUUGUUUCUGUGUGAUUGUUAAUGAAGAUGUAAACACACGUGAUGAUUGCCUUCUUUAAAACAAGGGAAUAAACAUGUUUCUACCACUGAGCUGGCUGGACGA